AUGUUGCGAAAUAUUAUUAACCAGUCAGAAAAUUUAAGAAAAAAAAUAUUGCAGAGUAAAAAUAUAUGCACAUUGUCAGAAAUAUUAUUAUCAAAACAUCCUUAUAAACCCAAAACAAGGGAAAUAAUACAUCCGCAUAUAACACCUCCGGAAUAUCUAGCUCCUUCGGAUUGCUUUAAUGCCAAAACAAGUGGGUUACAACAAUUUAUACCAAGUAAUUAUUAUCGUACAAAAUGGAUUGAGUCCCUAAGGUCAGGAGAAUAUUUAGGAGAUGACUAUCCAUGGAAUUUAUUACCUAUGUGGAAAUAUUGGAAAAAAAGAAAAUAUAAUGUAAAAUAUGAUGAAAUACCAUGGUUUAUUUCAAAAAUUAAAGGAGUUUCUUAUUAUCAUCGAUUAAAUGUAUGGAUGGUUCAAUGGGUUGAAGAUGGAGUUCAUAGAAUUCGAAGAUUUCGAUGCGCUUUUGGUGUUUUACAAGCAAAAUUAGCAGCUGAACAGUUCAGAAGAAAUUUGGAACAGUCAGGUAGAGUUGACAAUAGGAAAUCAGAAAGACAAUUAAGAAUGGAUUAUAUACAAAAGAAAGAUGAACGAUUAUUAAGAAAGAAAAAAUAUUCAAAAAUAUCAAAGGGUCAAUUUUAG